CAGAUCAGAUCCGCCGGUAACGCGAGGAGGGGGAUGCGCGGUCGCUCGGACGGCUAGAACGGCUAAAAAAAAAGCCGCAGACAAUUAAAUCCGAGAACAAUAUCUACAGUACGUAAAAAGGCGACCGAAAGCUCCUCCUCUCUCGCUCCAAACAGGCUUUAGGAAGUUACAGGACACAGUGCCUCUCUUAUUGUUCUUGAGCAGGCCUGGGAAUAGGAGAGCUGCGCUGUUUUGACGCAGUUAAAUGGGUGAUUACGGGUUCGGUUUGUUGCAGACAGCGAACAUCAGCAGCAGCUCCACACGUUUCGGCGGAGGCGCAUUCACACCCUAUCCCAGCGCGUCUCCGGUGCGCCCCAGCAGCUCGCCUCUGGUGUCCCCUCUUUUCCCGUCACAUCAGCGCAACAUGCAGGAUGAGCCUGCGGGGCUGACAGCUUCUCAGUCCAACAGCGAGCAGAGCAGCGCCACCGACAGCGACCUGAGCCGCUUCUCCGCUGUAGGUCACGCACAGACAGCCGGUGACCUUCAGCGCGACCGGAACAUACAUCAGCAGACUGAGCCGCCGCCGCCGCCGCAGCAGCAGCCGUACUCCUCCUCCUCCACGGGCCUGGACACCAAUGCGCCAUCGUCCAAGGUGAAGCCACAGAUGGAGUCCCCCAGCGCGCACCACAUCAACAACGGCACCUGCGGCAAUAACAUGCUCGCGGCGGCCGCGUUUCCGGAGAUGCAGAGCUCCGGCGGCGGCGGCGGCUCGGUUUCUCCCUCCAUGCCCGCUUUCGGGACGCCGUGGUCCGUGCAGACGAGCUCCCCGCCUCCGCCCGUCUCCAAUGCCGCCAACGCAAUAAACCCGAUCCCCACCACCGAGCCUGACAACUUCUACCCCGGCAUCCCCUCCUCUAUCAACCCCGGCUUCUUCCAGAGCUUCUCGGCCAACCCGUGCCCGGUGCAGGGCUUCAGCAGCCCAUUCUCCCCGCAGAUCAACGCGCCGCCGCAGAGCCGCCGGUCCCCGGUCAGCCCGCAGAUCCCCCCGCAGCAGGGCGCCUUUCUGCAGCAGCGGAACAACUACAACCACCACCACCAACCCAUGAUGAAGCAGUCGCCGUGGGGCAGCCAUCAGGGCAGCGGCUGGACCUCUGGAGGGGUGUCCUGGGGCAGAGACCAUCGGCGCGGGGGCGGCAUGGGUGUGCCCGGCUCGGUCAACCAGAUCUCUCCCAUGAAGAAACCCUUCUCCAGUAACGUCAUCGCUCCGCCCAAGUUUCCCCGCUCCGCCGGCUCUCUGGGACCUAAAUCCUGGAUCGAAGAAAACAUGUUCCGUACCGACAACAACAGCAACACUCUGCUGCCGCUGCAGGAUCGGUCCAGGAUGUACGACAGCUUGAACAUGCACUCGCUGGAGAGCUCCCUGAUUGACAUCAUGAGGGCGGAGCAGGACCCUCUGAAGGGCCGUGUGGGAUGCCCCCACCCAGCCGCUGAUGGCCUACUCAUGCUCAAUGCCAGGAGCUAUGGGAGACGACGAGGACGUUCCUCCCUCUUCCCCAUUGAUGACGGCCUUCUAGACGACGGCCAUGGCAACCAGGGGGUCCUGGGGUCUCCUCACUGUUACCCCCAUCAGAACGGGGAGCGCAUCGAGAGGUUCUCCCGCAAAGUGUUUGUGGGUGGACUGCCCCCUGACAUCGAUGAAGAUGAAAUCACGAGCAGUUUUCGGCGCUUUGGUCAUCUGGUGGUUGAUUGGCCACACAAAGCAGAGAGCAAGUCUUACUUCCCCCCUAAAGGUUAUGCCUUCCUCCUGUUCCAAGAGGAGAGCUCAGUUCAGGCGCUGAUCGAAGCCUGUCUGGAGGAGGACGGGAAACUCUACCUGUGUGUGUCCAGCCCCACCAUCAAAGACAAGCCCGUCCAGAUUCGUCCGUGGAAUCUGAGUGACAGUGAUUUUGUGAUGGACGGAUCUCAGCCACUGGACCCUCGCAAAACCAUCUUUGUAGGAGGAGUGCCACGUCCACUCAGAGCUGUGGAGCUGGCGAUGAUCAUGGACCGCUUGUAUGGUGGAGUGUGUUAUGCAGGCAUUGACACUGAUCCAGAGCUUAAGUACCCAAAGGGGGCGGGACGUGUGGCCUUCUCCAAUCAGCAGAGCUACAUCGCUGCUAUCAGCGCCCGAUUCGUCCAGCUGCAGCAUGGCGACAUCGACAAACGGUCUAGAGCCCUGAACUUUACUUGGUCAAAGAGGGAGCCGACCGCCCCCGCCAGAUCCACUUCCGCUGGAACUGAAGACGGGGACUCCGGGAGCGCCGGGAGCGGCAGCAUGCAAGACGACGCAGAAACAACACGUCUGCUGCGGGAAGAAAAAGAUGCUUAG